GAAUGGUAGAAGUCUCCUUCAUAGGCUGUGUGUUCAGUGGUGACCACAGGAUAAUAACAACCUUAGCAUACUCUGCACUCCGCUCCCUCCUUAGGAAUGGCCAGGACGGGGAGAAAGGAACAGAGGCCAAAGCCAGCAUCCUAUCAUGGCCUGCUUUGUUCUGAGAAGGCUCAUGUACCAAGGCUGAGGCCUACCAGUAUCAAGGAUACCCUACAGAACUUUCUCUAAAUUUCUUCUGUCCAUCGAAGAGCUUGUACUUGCAAAAGGGAGGAAAAGGAGGGGGUGGGCAGAAGCAGAGGUCUGGGAAGCGGCAAGGGGUGGGUGUGGAGAAACCCAAGGCGGGAGGUUUCUGGCCACAGAGGCAGAGCCUCCUGGAAGCCAAGAGGGGCGGGGAGACACACCAAGAGAAGCUGAGGAGCUGGAAAGUUGAGACACACUAGAUCAGGAGGGGAGCAGAAGAGAAAGCCUGCAGAAGGAGACUGAGAGGCACUCGCCAGUCCCAGACCCCUGCCCUACCCCACUCAUUCUGACCUUUAUUAGUCUGAGUGCUGGGAAGCCCAGCUGGAUGCAGGCAGCCUGGCUCUUGGGGGCCCUAGUGGUCCCUCAGGUUUUGGGUUGGGGCCAUGGAGCCCGGGGUCCUGGGAGGGAGUGGGAGGGAGGUUGGGGAGGGGCCUUGGAGGAGGAGCGAAAGCGGGAGUCACUGAUGUUGAAGAAUCUACAGGAGGCCCUGGGGUUGCCCACUGGGCUGGGAAAUGAGGAUAGUGUUGCUGGAAAUCCUGAAGGCAAAGAAGUCUGGGGGACCAAGGAGACUCAAGGAGAAGAAGAGGAAGAGGAAAUCACCACAGCACCUACUUCCAGUUCCAAUCCUUUCCCCAGCCCUUCCCCUACGCCAGAGGACACCAUCACUUACAUCUUGGGCCGCUUGGCUGGCCUGGAUGCAGGCCUACACCAAUUGCACAUUCGUCUGCAUGCUUUGGACACACGUGUGGUCCAGCUGACCCAGGGACUGCAGCAGCUGCGGGAAGUUACAAGUGAAACCCGCGACUCAGUGCAAGCCCUGAAGGAGGCACAGGUCCGUGCUGAGCAGGAGCACGGCCGCUUGGAGGGCUGCCUGAAGGGCCUGCGCCUGGGCCACAAGUGCUUCCUACUAUCGCGGGACUUCGAGACACAGGCGGCAGCGCAGGCGCGGUGCAAGGCGCGGGGCGGGAGUCUAGCGCAGCCGGCAGACCGCCAGCAGAUGGAUGCGGUAGGCCGCUACUUGCGCUCUGCCCUCGCCCCCUACAACUGGCCAGUGUGGCUGGGCGUGAACGACCGGCGCUCGGAAGGGCUCUACCUUUUCGAGAACGGCCAGCGUGUGUCCUUCUUCGCCUGGCACCGCGCACCCAGCCCGGAGCCCGGCGCCCAGCCUAGCGCGGCAUCACAUCCACUCAGCCCGAAUCAGCCCAAUGGCGGCGUCCUGGAGAACUGCGUGGCGCAGGCCUCGGACGACGGUUCCUGGUGGGACCAUGACUGUGAGCGGCGCCUCUACUUCAUCUGCGAGUUCCCCUUUUAGAGAGCCGGUCCUUGGCCCAGAGCUCCAGCACACGUUCUGCUCCGUGCACCCUACUGUCUGGGGUCGCUCGGAGGUUGACAGUAACCGUGAAUAAAUUUUAAUAAUCA